AGCAUUUUUGCCUUUUGCUUUUUGUUUCGCAUUCGCAGUACGCGCUCUCUCUUUUCCCCUCUCCCCCCUCCCUUUGCCGCUUUCAUUGUUCCCCUCCGCCGCGAGCUUCCAGAAGCGACGGAGAAGGGGAGGAGGAAGAAGCAAAGCUCUGGAUCGAUCUCCGCCCUCGGCAUGGCGCGCGUGCUCCCUCUUGACAUUGAGCCCGGGGAGGCACCCAGAGCUGGUGAGACGGUCGCAAGCAUGCCAAGCUCUUCAGCUGUGGCAUCAAACAUGAAGGACGACGAAUAUGCGAGGCUGGUGACACCAGCUCAACAUGCAACAGCUGACAACAACACAGAAAUUCCUGAGCAACCAAAGUCAAGACACUUCAUUUGGUGGAUGAAAGUUCUGCUUGGCUGCUUCCUUCUUAUAUUAGCAUCUUAUAUCUUCGUGAAAUUUGGAGUCCCCUUUGCCUUUCAGAAGGUUCUGUUGCCAAUCAUGCAAUGGGAAGCAAGCGCCUUUGGCCGUCCUGUAUUGGCUCUUGUCCUUGUCGCAUCUUUGGCUCUCCUCCCACUCAUCUUAGUCCCUUCUGGACCUUCUAUGUGGUUAGCAGGAAUGAUCUUCGGUUAUGGCUGGGGUUUCUUGAUUAUUAUGGUUGGGACUACUCUUGGCAUGGUUGCAUCAUAUUGGAUCGGCUCAUUGUUCCGCAAACGUCUACAUGCAUGGUUAAAGAGAUGGCCUCAGCAGAUAGCUCUAAUACAGCUUGCUGGCGAAGGGAACUGGUUCCAGCAGUUUCGAGUUGUUGCACUAUUCAGAAUCUCACCAUUUCCAUAUACAAUUUUUAACUAUGCCGUAACCGUGACAGAAAUCAAGUUCAAUCCUUACCUAUGUGGUUCAAUUGCCGGAAUGGUACCUGAGGCAUUCAUCUAUAUCUAUAGCGGACGGCUAAUACGCACGUUGGCCGAUGUGAAGUAUGGCAAGUAUAAGAUGACGCCGGUGGAGCUAACAUACAACAUAAUCUCGUUCGUCGUUGCCGUUGUCCUCACUAUCGCCUUUACAGUUUACGCCAAAAGGGCGCUAAGCCACAUAAAAAGCUCAGAUGAUAUCUGCGCAGAGGACCAGCCUGGGGUGACUGCACUCAAGAAUGGCCACCAGGAGUGUUCCCGUGCACAUCAUGUAGCUUUAGAUGUCGUGUGAUGAUGUGUGUAUUCAUCGGGAACGGAUUAGGGUGAAGUGAGGUGGUGUUAGUUGAUCAUCGUUUUCUCCGUCAGAGGAGGCGAGGUAGGCUCUGACAGCAGGUGGAUGCACCUGUCUAACUAGAUACAUGCCCAGCUAAUAUGGUUAUACUACUAGUACUUUAUUAGUUUCAUGUAGUUAUAAUCACCAGAACAUGUGACCGGCUUUGCUUGUUGUUGGCGGGAGAUUUGUUCUGGCUGUUGAUUGACUGGAAA